GAUCCAUGGAGAAUUAGUGGUGAAGAUAGAGCUAAACAUGACUCUCAGUUCUUUCAACUUAAGCCUGUAAAUGGGUUUGUUACAGGUGAACAAGCUAGAGGAUUUUUCUUGCAAUCUGGGCUGCCCAAUCAAGUUUUAGGACAGAUAUGGACUCUAGCAGAUAUGAAUGGAGAUGGGAAAAUGGAUAAAAAGGAAUUCUCAAUAGCCAUGCAUCUGAUUAAGAAGAAAUUACAGGGAUAUGAGCUACCAAGAAAUAUUCCAGCAAGUUUAAAAGCUGAUCCAUCACCAGUCAUUGGAUCGUUUGGUGUUCAACCAAUGGGCAUGGGUAUGGGGGCACAACCAGUUGGUGGAUUUGGAAUGGUACCAAUGAGUAUGGGUUUACCUAGUGCUUCUUUACAAACAGGCACUUCAACAACUGGAGCUAUGGGAAUGCCUUUAAUGGCUAAUGGAGUAGCUCCUGGUAUGCCACAACAAGCUGCAUUUAGAGCAGCUGGUGGUAGUUGGGCAAUACCUCAUCCAUCUAAAUUAAAAUAUACACAGUUAUUUAAUACUAAUGAUAGAAAUAAACGGGGAUUUUUAACUGGUGUUGAAGCUAGAGCAAUUCUAGUACAGACCGGUUUACCACAACCAGUAUUAGCUCAACUAUGGACCUUAUCAGAUGUUGAUAAUGAUGGAAAAUUAACUUGUGAUGAGUUCUGUAUAGCAUUACAUCUGGCUGAUGUAGCAAGGUUAGGUCGACCAUUACCACCUAAAUUACCCCCAGAGUUAAUACCACAAGGUAUGAAAAUUGAUGCUUUUGGUGAUCUGUUGGGAGGAUUUGGUAUGCCUGCUCAACAACCACCCAUGCCUGUUCAACCUAAUGGUGACAUGAAGGAAGACGAUGAAUCAAAAAUGCCAGUUACGUUUGAAGAUAGAAGGAAAGAUAAUUUUGAUAGAGGUCAAGCUGAAUUAGAAAAAAGACGUCAAAUGUUACAAGAACAGAUGAAACGAGAAGAAGCAGAAAGACAGGAAAAAGAGAGAAAAGAGCAGGAAAAACGAGAAAGAAUCAGACGAGAACAAGAAGAGAAAAGACAAAGAGAAUUAGAAAGACAAAUGGAGAAGCAUAGACAAAUAGAACAAGAAAGAGAAGAACAGAGACGUAAAAUGAUGGAACAGAGAGAGGCUGCUAGAAGGGAAUUAGAACGUCAAAGACAAAUGGAAUGGGAAAGACAAAGAAAAGAACAAUUAUUGGCUGAAAAGCAAAGAGAACAUGAAAUUCUAGAAAAUUUGAAAUCUGAAGAUAGUAAUUUGAAAUGUCAGUUGGAAGCUUUGGAUGGUAAGAAAGCUGAGAUUGUGAUGAAAGUGAAUCAAGUAAGGAAUGGUGUAACAGAAUUAACAUCUAGUAUAGAAAGUAUGAGAUCAACUAGAGACACAAAGAUGGCUGAGAUGGAACGAUUACAGAAUGAAUUACAAACUCUCUCUCAAAGAUUAGGUGGCCUCUCUCAAAAUAAAGAUCAGUUACAGAUGCAAGUUCAAAGUAUACAGACAACACCAUUGUCUGAUACCCAUCGGACAGUAAUGCACAGUGUAGAACAGAAGAAAACUAAUGUAUUAAAAUUAAAGAAAGAAUUAGAACAGAUAGAAAAAGAUACUGAAACUAGAUUAACAGAAAUAGAUCAAUUUAAUAUAGAUUUAAAGAACUAUUUUCAUAUAAAUAUGAAACAAAUCAACUAUCUUACAAUAAUUUAUUUUUCCUCUCAGAAAUCAAAUGAUUUGAUCCACAAGUUACAAAAAGAAAUCCCCACUUUACAAAAUCAACAGAAACUAAAACUACAACAAGAUGCUCAGUUGAAGAGAGAUCAGGAAAUUAUGGAACAACAAGAAAAAGAAAGACAAGAGAGAUUAAAGAGAGAGGUGGAAGCUCAAGCUAAACAAAAGAAUAAUAAUAGUCAAGAUAACUGGGCUACAGCCUUCUCUACUUCCACUACUACUACCAGUAAUUCAGCAUGGCCUACUGAUGCCUUUUCUAGUCAACCAACUACUACUUCUACUACUGCCAAAACUAGAUAUAGAGCUUUGUAUGAUUUUGAAGCAAGAGGUGAUGAUGAGUUAAAUCUGUAUGCUAAUGAUCUAGUUAUGGUACCUGAUGAUCAAGGUGCUGUAGUUCCUGGUAUGGAGGAAUGGUUUAAAGGGGAGAAGGAUGGUAAAACAGGCUGGUUUCCUAAAGCAUAUGUGGAGAAAGAUGAUGUUGCAUCAGCUGCCUCCGAAGGUUUUGGAAAUGAGUUUGAAAGUAUUGCUGUUACAACAAGUGUACCCAAUGAUGGCAAUAAUCCUGGUUUAGGAUUACCAACAUCCUUAGAUUCUUCAUUUACAGCUGUUUCACCUACACCAGGACAGGGCCAGAUAGCACCAGAUGGGUUAACAGCUAAAGCAACAUACCCAUGGAAAGCUAGACAAGAUAAUCAUCUAACUUUUAAUAAAGAUGAUACCAUUAUUGUUAAAGAACAACAAGAUAUGUGGUGGCUGGGAGAAUUAAAUGGCAAGACUGGUUGGUUUCCUAAAGCUUAUGUUAAACUAGUCAUUAGUAAUAUAAUAACACAAGAAACUCAUGGUAGUAAUACUAGUUCUCCAGCACCUUCUGAUAAAAAAGAUGGUGGUAAGACUUCUCAUUGUUUAAUUUUAUUUUCAGAAUAUUAUGUAGCAAUGUAUGGGUAUGUAUCAGCAGAACCUACUGAUUUGAAUUUUAACGAGGGUGAAAUGAUUCUAGUCACAGAAGCUGAAGGUGAUUGGUGGACAGGUUCUCUCAAUGAUAAAACAGGAGUGUUCCCUGCUAAUUAUGUUAAGAAAGUCGAAAUACAGCCUGGUCAAAAGACAUCCAAGAAACCAGGUUAUAUUUAUUUUGUUCCAGAAAUAGCUAUGGUAAUAGCUCCAUAUACAGCUACUGGUGCUGGUCAACUAACAUUAGAAACUGGUAAUUUAAUACAGGUUCGACAAAAAUCUCCUCGUGGUUGGUGGGAGGGAGAAUUACAGGCAAGAGGUCAAAAGAAAAAGAUUGGUUGGUUUCCAGCUAAUUAUGUGAAAUUAUUGGGACCAUCAAGUGCUAGAUCUACACCUGAUACAGGUUUAUCAGCUACCUUGAAUGUGGUAGAGAAAGUGAAGGCACUGUAUGCUUAUACUUCUCAAAAUGAUGAUGAACUGACAUUCCAAAAAGAUUCUGUGAUGACUGUAUUGAACAAAGAUAAUAAUGAUUGGUGGCAAGGUGAAUUGGAAGAUGGACAAGUGGGAAUGUUCCCUUCUAAUUAUGUUGUACCAUACACUGACAACUCUUUUUCAAGAGAAAAUCGAGACUCUAACUCAUUGAUUCGAAAUCUGUCACCAACAGAGAAAAAUCGUCAAAAUUAUAUACAAGAAUUAAUCAACACAGAACAGACUUAUAUUGAUGAUAUAUCUUUUGUCAGAGAGGUAUUUCAGAAACCAUUAGUAGCUGCUAAUGUCAUCACAGAAGAAGAAUCUCAACAAUUAUUUGUUAACCUACAAGAUCUGAUCAUCAGCAGUACCAAACUUAUCAAAGCUUUGAGAGUAAGAAAGAAAAUGAGUGGUAAAGGAAAAGCUAUUCAUAUGAUUGGUGAUAUCCUAUGUGAAAAUUUACCACAUAUGACACCUUAUGUUAGAUUCUGUAGUUGUCAAUUGACAGCAGCUGCUUUAUUACAACAUAAAUUUGAUAAUUUUCCUGCUUUUAAUGAAGCCCACAGACAAUGUCUACAAGAUCCAAGAACUAAAAACAUGCCAUUAAGUAGUUUUCUGUUAAAACCAAUGCAACGUAUUACUAAAUAUCCUUUAAUGAUAAAACAGAUAUUGAAAUAUACACCAGAAGAUCAUGCUGAUUACCAAAAUCUAGUGGAUGCUUUAUCUAGAGCUGAAGAACUGUGUAGUCAGGUUAAUGAAGGUGUUCGAGAGAAGGAUAACUCAGACCAACUAGAAUGGAUACAAAAACAUGUACAUUGUGAUAAUAUACCUGAAAAAAUUACUUUUAAUUCUGUUACUAAUAGUGUUGGUCCUAGAAAACUACUACAUUCUAGUCUGCUGUAUAAGGUGAAGAGUAAUAAAGAGUUGAUGGGAUUUUUAUUUAAUGAUUUUCUACUAUUAACUCAACCAUCUAAAUCAUUAGGCAACAAUAUAUCUUCUCAUAUGUUAUUUAGUCCCAAGAGUACUUUACAUUUUAAAAUCUAUAAAACACCCAUGUUAUUAACUGAUAUAACAUUACGGAAACCAACAGAAGAAGAUUCAGAUUCUUGUCAUUUUCAAGUCUGUCAUACAGAUAGAAUCUUUAAUUUUAGAGCAUUAACAGAAACUGAAAGAGAUCUAUGGAGUAAACAUUUAGAAAGGGCUGUUAAUCAACAUAAAAAAACUGUACAGAAAAAAAUAGAAAGAGCUCAUUCAAUGAGGAGAACGCCUGGUGUAGGCAGGCUACUAGUGGUUAUAUUAGAAGGUUCCAAUCUUAAAGCUAGUGACCAAAAUGGUAAAAGUGAUCCAUAUUGUGAAGUGAGUAUGGGUUCUCAAGAACACAGAACUAAAGUAGUUCCAGGAACUCUGAAUCCUAAAUGGAAUAAUUCCAUGCAGUUUACUAUAAAAGAUUUAAAUCAAGAUGUAUUAUGUAUCUCAGUAUUUGAUCAAGAUAUUUAUUCACCAAAUGAUUUUCUAGGAAGAACUGAAAUCCGUGUGAAAGAAGUAUUAGCUGAAAGUAAAGCUAGAAGAGGUCCUAUAACUAAAAGAUUAACAUUAUUAGAAGUAGAUAGUGGGGAAGUGGUAGUUAAAUUAGAUUUACAAUUAUAUGAGACUUAG